GACACAGCUCUUAUAACAAGUAGUCAAUCGCGCAUGCAACCAGUGGUCCGAGAUUUGCCUGAUUGCACAGGGCGAACUGGAACUGUUCUUUUUUCAUAUUCAAAAUAAAUUUGCUCGUUUUUUUUGCCAAAAUAAAUAUUAGUUUUAUGCGCGAUCGUUGAUAAAAAUAAAAUAGAAAUGCUUUCUCGCAUAGAUGAGCUAUAUUAGUAUUUAAAUGAGAAAUGUGAUUUUCUGCAAGCCUAGCGAAAAAACGCAAUGAACAAUUAAUAGACCCCGCAAGUAUAUUGAAAUGCAACUAUGAGGUACAAACAGAUUGCCACCAUAGGUGCAGUCUUGAUCGCCACUCUCGUUUUACUAGCGGCGUUCAUGUAUUACUUUAAUCAAGGAAUCAGCAAUUGUCCUAAAGGUACAUUUCCUUGCCAAAACAAUACUAAAUGCAUAACACAUCGCAACAUGUGUAACAACAUGAAAGAUUGUCCAGGCGGGGAGGAUGAAAACGAUUGCUUUGAUUCCUAUAAUAACUUUUGGGAAUCGCUCUUUCCCAACUGGACUACAUGCUUGAACGAUAGUGACAAUGAAAUUCAAGACUAUAUCAAUUGCAAGUAUUUUAAUUGCACUUUAAUAUGCGAAAAGUUCAUUGGCCCGAAAAUACCAGAGAUUUUUGCAAAGAAAAAUAUACUAACAAUGACUUUUAGGACAAGUUCACUACCAAUUUUAAAAGAAGAUUUUUUCCGCGAUUAUCCAAAUUUAAGAAACGAGCUCUAUUUGAUGGGCAAUCAAAUCCAAUAUCUAGAGCAUGGAGUCUUUUCUAAUCAAAAAUAUCUUUUGUGGUUAGGUCUAUCCGACAACAAGAUCGAGAAGCUAACCGAAGGUCACUUUAUAGGUUUACACUCUUUGGAAACCCUUGUUAUCGAAAACAAUAAAAUACAUACGCUAGAUCUACGGGAUCUCAGAAAUAGCGCGUCACUCAAAGUAUUGGAACUUUCAAGAAAUCUUCUGACUUUAUCGAAUCUCUCGAUCCCUCAUUUGCCAGUACUACGAGAGCUGAAUCUGAAUGAAAAUCAGUUGGAAUUGAUCACGGCUGAUUUUUUUGCUGGUUUGCCGGCGCUAGAAGAAUUAAAUUUAGAAUAUAAUCUGAUUCAGAAAAUUUCUCCUUUUGCCUUUCAAAAUUUACACAGGUUGACAGUACUAAAUCUGAUGAAUAAUAGGAUUACGAGAAUACCUCUAGGCCUCUUUAAUCCCGUCCAAAGUCUUUCCAGCCUAAGGACAAACUGACCUGGGGUUUUAUGAUAGGGUUUGAGGGUUCAUAAGCAAUCGAACCAGCAAGAAGCCAAUAAGUACGAGAAGGCCAUCAGCCAGAAGAGUCUACAGUUUCUCGAUAUACUUAUUAUAUAUUCCAACACAGUUACACAUUGUACCUUUCACAUAGCCUAGUAUUUUUGCUCUAUAAUAUUAUUGAAUUAAUAAACAUCGAUAUUCAUUAAGGGGACACAACGCAUUUAAAUCCUUAAAAAAAAAAUUAUGAGUAAAAAUGACAAAAUUAUAAUAAAUCAUUUGAAAUUUUUUUUAGUGA